AUGGGCUUAGACCUGGAAGGAUGUAAGCUUGGAGUUGCUAACAGGCAUCCUACCAACAUGGGCAAAGCCUCUCUGAUGGGGAGCAACCCAGAGGAAAGCCAGACACCAGUCCUGCGGACAAUGCGGGCUGAACUGGGCCAUUUGUUUUUUGUUACCCGAGCCUAUAUCCCCCACUCGCUUAGGUUGCUGGAGCUCUGUGCAGACCCCGGACGCCAGGAAGACGGAGAAGUGGGUCCAGAACGAAUUAAGCCUGAAACGUCGCUGGAGGCAAAAAUGCCAAAACUGAAGCUGUCUUACUUCAGGCACCUCAGGAGAAGGCAGGGUUCUGUGGGGAAGACAAUACCCUGGGAGAAACAGGAGGCAGCAGGAGAGGAGCAAGGCCGCGGCCAUGGCCCUCAUGACGGUGAUAAAGAGUCUGGGAAGAAAUACAGCUACUUCAAAGGAAACCACUUCCAGGACAUCUGCCAGGACGAAGAGCGUUGGCCUGGUCUUCACACGCAGCGCUGCUUGUCACCACCAUUCCGGACGCUGGCCGUCGGGAGGGCCCGUGGGGGACCAGCAGCGGUGACGCCCCGACGGCUCAGCUCGCGCGGGGCUGGAAACCAGCACCCAGGGGUGGCGGCUGGGAAGCGGCAGCCCAGCGACCCGGCCUCUGCAGAGCUGGGAACGCGGCACCCUGCGGCCGGCGCCGGCAGCCUGCUGGUGUCCCAGCGAGGCCACAGUGGGGACAAACCGCCUGCCGCUGCCCAGGACAAGCGCGGAUCUCAUGAUUCCUUCAGUUUCUACAUUGAUGAAGCCUCUCCAGUAGGACCUGAACAGCCAGAAACUGUCCAGAAUUUUGUGUCUGUCUUUGGAACUGUGGCCAAAAAGCUGAUGCGGAAAUGGUUAGCCACUCAGACGAUGAACUUUACUGGUCAGCUAGGAGCUGGGAUCCGUUAUUUUGAUCUCCGAAUCUCCACCAAGCCCAGAGACCCUGACAAUGAACUCUACUUUGCUCAUGGCUUGUUCAGUGCCAAAGUCAACGAGGGCCUGGAGGAGAUCAGUGCAUUCCUCACAGAUCACCCUAAGGAGGUGGUGUUCUUGGACUUCAACCAUUUUUAUGGGAUGCAGAAAUACCACCAUGAAAAAUUGGUCCAAAUGCUGAAAGACAUCUAUGGAAAUAAGAUGUGCCCAGCGAUCUUUGCACAGGAAGUUAGCCUAAAGUACCUGUGGGAGAGGGACUACCAGGUGCUGGUCUUCUACCACAGUCCCGUGGCUCUGGAGGUGCCUUUCCUCUGGCCUGGGCAGAUGAUGCCAGCACCCUGGGCCAAUACCACAGACCCGGAAAAACUCAUUCAGUUUCUUCAGGCGUCCAUCACUGAGAGAAGAAAGAAGGGCUCGUUUUUUAUAUCUCAGGUGGUGCUGACCCCUAAAGCUAGCACUGUGGUCAAAGGGGUGGCCAGUGGCCUCAGAGAAACAAUCACAGAAAGGGCUCUCCCAGCCAUGAUGCAGUGGGUCAGCACGCAGAAGCCAGGAGAGAGCGGCAUCAACAUCGUCACUGCCGAUUUUGUAGAACUUGGCGAUUUCAUCAGCACUGUCAUAAAGCUCAACUAUGUCUUCGAUGAAGGAGAAGCCAACACUUGAUGUACCACCUUGAGCAUCCCUGAAAAGAGAGAGAAGACUCAUCGUAUUAGGCAUAUUAUCUAGAAACACUCUGAUCUUCCUAUGCCACUGAGUCUCUGAGGGAAUUAGGGCUGGGAGUGGGUGGGAAAAGGGGGAACCCAUUUCUUGAGUGAUGAUUAUCAUAGUCUGCAUUAGUAUAAAUACUUCAUUUCCCAUUUGAUGAGCAAAAUCUACUUCUAGUGUUAGAGAUUUAAAAAAAAAAAGACCAGUGAGUUUUGUUUUUCAGAAUUAGUCUUUGUAACGUAUAACUCACGCGUGUUUACUUGAUUGUGUUUCUGAUUUCCACCUAGAUCUCCUACGCUCUCUGUAUCCUCAAAUUGAACCUCUCUGCUCCCGCCGCUCGCUCCUCUUAAUCAGAUGCUGUAUGGGACUCAAAACGGUUGACUGUCCCAACGGAAUGUGUAUAACAUUGUACUAAAAUUUAUUUGUUGUGUGGGACUUGCUGUAAUAUUCUGUUGUCAUCUGCAAUUGGUCGAUCAUUGCCAACAUUUGGUCAUAGAAAAUAUGCAUUGAAUCAGUUUCCCUGCAUCAGUAAUAUUGGAGGCCAUAAUCAGUGAUUUGUGUGUUAUACGAAAUUAAUAGUGUUUCACAGUAUUUCUAUUUAAGGCAGCUAUAAAUAAGAGUAAACAAUUCUUUGCAAGAACUAUUUGUGCCAACUCUAAAUAGGGGGACUGGGAAGAGAUGGUUGCUACUUUAAUUCAAGAAUUUCUUAAUGAUAUUGCCCUGCAAAUGCCCAGUAAGUGAAAAAUUAUGUAUGAAGAGUGUGCUAAAAAUCAAAGAACUCUUCAAGGACUCUUACAAACGCUCUCCUAACAACUCUUGAUUUUUAAAAAAGGGGGGAAGAAAGGGAAGAAGAAAGGAAUGGAAGAUUGCGCAAGCUUUCCUAUCAGAUUGGGAUUUCCAAAUACAUGAUUCUAAACCCCCAGUUUUGAGGAACAGAUUGCAAGAAGCUUUAACUCGAGUUUUUUACUUGAAGUUAAAGAAGGAGGAAAGGUGGCAGGAGUCAGAGCAAUGCUUUCGAAGCUAUGUCCAUGAAAUGCCAAGAGUCCAUGAACCAUCUUUAACAGGUUCUCAAAUGCGUGUGACCUGAGCAGACCUGCUGGAAACAGGCGCUGACUUGCCCUCUCGGUCCCAUCCUACCCGAGGGUCGAGGGUAAGGCAGAGGCGAAGGUUCCUGUGGCCCAGGGGACUGUGCAGGUCCACAGGGGA